AUGGAAUUUGUUUCAUCUUGCUUGCAACCAUCUUCGGUUGUACAGUGCCUCAGCAUUGGGGCGGAGGAUUUUCUUGUGCGUCUUGGCGCGCGCUGGAAAGAACUUCAAGAUAUUGCUAAAGCCGUCUUUUUGCAAGCGAGCAAGUUGAAGACUCCCCUGGAAAAAGCCAGAGAUACGCAACCACUCCUGGGUUUGUUGACUGACUUGGAGCUGUGUCGCCUUUUGGGAAGCUGGGGUACACUUAUAAAAGAGUAUAAACCCCUUAGCACGAACGCAGCCUUCACGGAAGAAACCGAGCCUGGCGUUUUCAAGCCUGACAUCACUUUGCUCGAGAAGGAAUCACUGAAGUAUCUACAUUCUUGGGUACGGACGUUAUUCCCGGAUGUGCAACGGCUGCAGUUUACAUGGAAUGGACGGGCCAGACAAUGGGAAGUGACAGGUUUCACUGAUCGAUUCGCGGAAGUCAUCCAAUUCAACCGAACACUGCCUUGGUGCCAUUCCGCUGCCAGGUGGCUCUUGAACUUUCAGGAAACGGUUGUCCACUCGCUAAUCCGUGGGACAUUGCAUGCUCUUGAGGAACGUGGGGCGAGCAAUUUGGACCCAUUCGACCAGACCACACCGUCUCUGUGCUUGCAACUUGCCACGCGUAUCCGAGGGUGGCAAGAAAUGGAAGAGCGGCUGGUCGGACAAUGUGCGGAACGUACCGCCCUUGAGGAAAUUCGCCAAACGUUCAUCAAUCGGAAGGACACGAUACAAGAAACAUUGAAGUCCGCACGAGAGUCCGCUUCAAGUCGAAUGUCAUGUUGCAAGCUAUGGGCACUUUGCGGCAUCUCAUUGGAACUAAUAUACGCAAUCGAAAGUCUGUUGAAGGAUCCUGUCCCAUCGUGCCGGUCAUUUAUCUGGCUUAGAAUGAUCAAACACAUAGCGAAGCACUCCGAACAUGAUGAAAAGUAUAACGGAAGCGAUUUAACCUCCGUUGUGGUACGCCAGUUUCAUGUCGAGCAUUUGUAUGGCUGGGACUACUUGAACGGUCUUCAACCCUACGAUUCAGUCAUCGUGCCUCCGUUGGCUGACUCAGAGGAACUGGUUCAAUUGGCGCUUGCACUGUCUAACUUCCAACCUGCAUUAUUGACGGGACUGAGUGGGACUGGUCGCAGAACGACGACGCGGGUCUGGAGCAGACUGCUUGGGCGUCGAUUGGUGGAGCAUUCUGCUUGGGCGUUGACAGAACGAUUCGAUAAAGUAACCUCUAACGACGAGGUAAACCUUCAAAGAUUCUUGCAGCAAGAAGUGUUAAAAUGUGUACGGUCUGGUAGUCUGCUAGCACUAUACGACGUACAGGCUUUUCCAGUCAACACUAUUCCAUUUCUUUCGAACCUCAUGAGCAAAAUUGGUGAUGCGUUAAAGGAGGACUCAGGUUCUAAAGUGAGUUCAGUUUGGUGGAAUGAAGCAUUGUAUCCGAUUAAUGAGACAAGAAAAUACGUCACGCUUUGUGAAAGCUUGGUCACCUGA